AUGGAAACUCAGGAAGACAGCCUCGACUUGACCUACCUGAAAAGUGCAGCCUUAGGCAUCAAUGAAUCCCAGGCAUCACUGAGCAGACAAGCGGUUUCCGCCAUUACGCGACUCACCUCGGCGGCAGCAGGCUAUGGUUCCAUUCUGGAGCAUGAAAUGCUCAGCAACCAGCCUUUGGUUGUCACAGAGAAGCCCAUUAACUCUUCCUCGAGUGUCAAACAACAAGCUGGACAGUCGAUAAAUGACACAGCCAUGUCGAACAUAAAAUCCUCGGGGACUCGGAGAUCAGAUACUAUCCACAAUGGUCAGGAUAGGGAAUUAUCACCUUCGGGAAGCGUUUUGGGGGAUACCCAGCUAGUUUCUCAGUCGGUAUAUGAGGGACUAUUAAAUGGCAAAGAUAUAGAUGGCAGCCCGAUGGAACGACCAUUUGUGAGUGUCAUCGAGACAGCAGAGGGAGGGACCACACAAAUGACGCUCCAUGAAGGAGAUACAGGGCAUGUGGACCUGUUUUCCGACGCCGACAGUACAGCAGGCGCUGCUAAUCCAGAUGAAGAUCGUGGCUCCCAGGCCUCUGACUCCGGGCAAUCCUCUCCAACAAGUUACGAGCCGUUCCCGGAAUCACAGCGGUUUAACACCAGCACACCAGCAAUUCAUAAAGGGCAUAUAUCAAAUAUUGCAAGCACUGCCACACCAUCGACUCUUCGGAAUCCCUUUGGUUCAGACAAUAAGACGCCCGGGUCUGUUAUGGCUUUAAGCCAGCUUUUCAAUGCAACCCAGGCUACCUCAUCCCCAUCUACUCAUAUACCACGUUUAGAACCACCAUCCGAUAUGCCAUCGCCAAACAUCCCCAUUCAACGACCAAUGCGUAACACUGUGCCUUUCUCACCAAGCCUUCUGGGUACAUCUAUGUCCCGACCUGACCCAGUUGAACCGGAAGCGAACUAUAUUUCCAUGCAAGAAUCACAAGCUGAACGAGAAAAACGGUUACAAAAGUCGAGCUCCAAUCUUGUUGACCCGGAUGAUGACCCGUUCCAGGCUGGAGAGUCCGCCAUUGAACGCCGUAUACGUCAAAUGAAGUCGAAAAAUGAAGUCCGAAAGGAGUUUGAAAGUAUCAAAGCCCCGGCGAGAGUGACCACGCGUAAUAAUCCCAAACUAGAUGUUUCAUCUUCGCCGCCUUUGAAUCCAGACCAUACCACUAGUAGGCUGAAAGCUUUACAGUCAGCAUUGGAAAAUAAUGGGGAGGAGGAAAGGGUUUUUGACACGGAUCGCGGCGAAGAUAGUGAAGUUGAAACGGAACAGGAGGAAGUUUCUAUGAUUCAACCGCUUCGCAGUUCUCAGAGAACUCAAUCAUUUCCUGAAGAAGAUAAGGAAAACGUUGACAGUGGGCCAGUCCAAAAUUCAACUCUCGCUGUUAGCACACAUAGCGCGCUUUCAAGCGUGUUGGAUCUUGAUCAAAGUCCAUCAAAUAAUUGCCAACAACCUCUUGGAGCACUUCAAUCUUCCACAGGAACAACUUCUGUUCGGUUCAUAUCCAAUCCAAGGCGAGGAUCACGUCCACCAUGGGUCUCCCAGCCAGAAAGGAAGGGAAAUUCUAGAGAAGAUGCCAUUAAAUAUGGCACUCAAGGGAAAGAACGGGACAAUAACUUCUUGAGCGGCAGGAGCACGAUAUUUGGCUCUGGGAUGGGGCCUAUAAAUCUGUCAAAGCAAAUACCUUCAUCGCCUCCUCUAAGAGACAUCAACAAUAUCAUCAAUAACCAACCUGAUGAAGAGGACGACUCGCCAAUCUCGCAAACUUCUCCAACACCGCUGCCAAAAGCGAUAAACCGUAACCACUCAACGCCUCAUAAGCUCAAUCCUGAUAUGCCAAAUCUUAAUAAGGGUUCCUCCACAACCUCUCGUGUCUUUGAGACUCCUUCCCAGUCUGCCCCUGAAGGGAGAAACCUAUCACGAAAAGUUCCUGAAACCAGUCCCACUGGUAAACGGCAGAAUCGUGUAGCAUCCACUAGUGCUACUAACUUUCCAACAGAAUUUGGUGAUGGUACAGAUGGCAUAGAUGAGGACGAUAAUCUCCCUAAUUUACCGCGAUUUAACGACUCUGCAAUACUAAAAUCUCUUGGAUCCCAGGAACUAGCCGCCCUCCGUCCUUCUCGUCGCGUCCAAGCCAUUCUAUCUAGCCCUAGUGGCCGACAGCGGAGGAGUAUGACAGCUAUUGCCUCAGAUGAAUCACCCCGACCUGCAGCUUCUGAGAUUCCCAUCAACGAGAUCCGCCUACUUAACGCAGAUGAUCGCAUUUUUCAGUCAAUGAUGGCUACGGUUGACUCACCUAUUAAAAGGAGACGUGGAAAUGAUGGAAAGAGAAUCCAGGAGCUUCUACAAGAUCGUCAGCAUAACUUAGCUAACGAGCUAAAUAACAAUAUUCCAGCAUAUAGCCCUAUUUCACCCAUUGGGCCAAUUUAUAGCGAUACCCCUAGGACACUUCAGAGAGCAACAAAAGAAUUACAUCAACCUUCGGAGCCCCGUAAUGUAUAUGCUAAUGAUAUCUGGGACUUUCAGCCGUCUCCUCAAAGGCCGGUACAAAAAUCUAAACCCAUGGUAACUGCCGGCCUUCCUAUCCUUCGAAAAGAAGUUCAGAAAACAGAACAACAGCCUACACGGAACAAACGCUCAGUCCUUGACGCUGUUGUUAUUCACCUUCCCUCCAACUCUUCCUUAUCUACGCCGCUAGAGCCGCUAUCACGUACCCCCAGCUCACCCUCUCUUCAAGCGCAGACAGAAAGAAGUGAUUCGAUCCUGGAAUUAAAUAAAGAUACAGAAAAGCCGAAUGAGGAAAUUGUUUCUGCAAACCAUAUUUUUGCCUUCUUCAACGGCCGGCCAGCCGGAUAUUACCCAGCUAUUUGCGUGGGUACUAGUGAUGGUGUUACAAAGCAGCAGCUUCUCGUCCACUUUGAUGAUUCCGAGGCAGUGGAGAAAAUUGAUAUUCGAGGAGCCAAAUCCUUAGAACUCAGGAUUGGUGACAUUGUCAAAGUCAACCACCCGGACGUACCCAAGGUCCCACAUUAUGUGACGGGAUUUGGCAAGAGAUUGCAGUCUCCGACAGAAGAUGCAGAUUUGAAUACUUGGGAUAGGCAAAUAUCCGAUGUCUAUGGGAACACUACUGUCCGGCUGAAACGGAAAUUGACCAAAGUUGUUCCCAGGGGCAAGAUUCCCCGGGCUAUCACUAUGCCUAUAUCUAAGUUAUAUUUGGAUCAAAAUCUAUGGUCUCGAUUUGGAGAACGUCCUUACUCUAUAGACUCACUACCAAAGGUUCUUCAGGUUGUACCUCAAGCAAUGGAACAAAGUAUGCAUAACCGUGCCACCCAAGUUGAACAGACUCCGGUCGUUGAGCCAGGUAGAGCGGGCAUAUUUUCCGGCAUGACAUUUGCCCUUUCCUAUACAGGAAACGAGAAAAGGGGCAAGGAUGUUGAGUCUAUGCUAUCUGAUAAUGGUGGAAUCAUCCUCAAAAAUGGGUUUGACCAAUUAUUUGAAUCCUUUUCAUGGGAAUUAGUGUUACCCACUGCCAAAGAUGAAAAGCUCCAAACUGAAGGGUCGCUAAUGCUGACGCAACGAGCUAAGGAGACGGGUUUUACCUGUUUGAUUACCGACCAACAUUCACGGCGUGCUAAGUACAUGCAAGCUUUGGCUCUGAAUCUUCCCUGCCUUGCCGGCCAAUGGGUAUAUGCGUGCAUUGAGAAACAGGAAAUUGUGGAAUGGGAGCCAUACCUCCUUGCAGCAGGGUCUUCCAUAUUUCUUGACAAUGCCGUUAAGUCACGAAUCCUUAGACCUUACCUUCCCUCUGAAUCCAAAUUCUUGGAUGUCAUCGCUACCCGUCCAAAGGUCUUCAGUGACCAGUAUAUGCUCUUCGUUAUGGGACGCAAGCAGGUAGCACAACAACGACAGGCCUAUGCAUUCCUCACUUGUGCGCUGGGCGCAGAACAUGUUUACCCUGUUCAAACCUUUCAAGCUGCACUCGACAUUUUAUCGCAAGCUACUGAGCUGCACCCUGAACCAAGCGGCUGGGUUAAGGGGCGCAGUAAGUGGGAUUGGAUAUAUGUUGGCGAGGAAAGUGCGGCAACUACCGCUCGCAUAGCUCUGUCUAAGCUUUCAUCUACGGUCUCGAAGCCUCCAACACGAGGGCGUGCUCGGUCUGUUAAACCACUUCAAGGGCAGGACAGUGAUGGUGGGAAGAGAAAAGGUGAAAGUUUUCAAAAUAUCAAAAUCUUGGAUAACGAAUUCCUCUGCCAGAUUUUGAUACUAGGUCGAUUAUUUGAGAGGUAG